AUGGAUUUAUUAGAAACUAUAUUAAGAUCGUCAGGUUUCGAAAAAUAUCACGAGGAAUUCAAAAAGCAAGGCAUCGAUACAUUUACUUUAAAAAUUCUAAGCGACAAAGACCUGAAACUUCUGGGCAUCGAAAGCGAAGAACAGCGGAAAUUGUUUUUAAAAUGCGCCGAAAAUUUGCAAAUACCUUCCGAGAAGAAAAUCUCGCUUUACGCAAACAAAUCAUACGCAAAGUUGGUGCUUCAACAAAUGUCGCUGCAGCUUCAGAAGCAAAUGGCCAGCUUGAAUUAUAUUUUAAAAAGGAAAGACGUGGAUAUAUGCAAUGUUAAAUUAAGUCCUUCAGUUUCCUUGCUACAGAGUACGAUUAAAUCCUUAGAUGACCGAGUCGAUGAAUUCGAACGAGAGGUACUAAAAGUGAAGAAAAGAAGCAAUAAGAAGAAAUACGUGUUAAUUCCAUCGUUUAUUGUAUUAGUCGCUACAGUAUUUGCUUGUGGUAGACAUUUAGUGAUAAAUAAGUUAUAA